CGGCUAAAUUAUGUACUGUGUACAACCCCUGAUAUUAAUAACAAUUCUCCAUUAGCAAGGUACCGCCAAAAAAGCUAAAAAUGAUAUACCGGUCGAUAAUCAUUUUGGCGCCGACCGUGGGACCGGAGCAAAAAGUCAUGAUUUUUCAACUCCCUCAUUUUGUUCAUCAGCACAAACCCGAACGGAAGAACAAAAACUCAGAAUUGAAGUAAAUUUGGGUGGAGAGGUUUUGCUCAAACAGAAAAAAAUAGAGGGAGAGAACCUUAUUCCCAUACUGAUUUUCCUUUCCAAAAGACAACCAAAACACUCUGUUUUUCUUCCUAUGCCAAAAGAGAAACAAGAGAAUAAAACCCAUGUCCAAACACCGGCCGACCAUGUGAAUUUCUUCCCGAACGGAGUACUGUAGAUUUCACGAACGGAGUAGUCAUAAUAUUACCCAUGGCUCUAAGCUUUUUUUUGCAGGAAAAGAACUAACAAAGAUGAUUUGAUCAAGCAAUGAAUGAAUUCCACUCUGCUCUCUUCUUCAUGAGACUCCCCAUGCCCCCUCCAUUGCAGAGAAAUCACUACACCAAUGUGUUCAACCGCAAUCUCAAAUCUUCAAAAACACACCCGCCCACAUCUAUUCCUGCUAGAAUGCUGCUCCAGCAUGAAACGCCUCAUGGAAUUCCACGCCCAUUUCAUCACUAGUGGCCUCUCUACUCACCCCACCAUCCUCAGCUCCAUCGUAUCCUUCGCCGCACUCUCUCCUGCCGGGGAUUUGGGUUACGCCCGCUCCGUUCUCGCCCGCAUCACCCAACCCAAUUCUUUCAUGUUCAACACCGUGAUAAGAGGCUACGCUUCGAGCUCCGACCCGGGUUCCGCUUUUGUUCUUUACAGUUUCAUGAUCGGACAUGGCAUUGUUCCCAACAGUUACACUUACCCUUUUGUGAUCAAGGCCUUAUCGAAGGGUGGUAGGGAUUGGUUGUGCGGUGGCGAAGCCACACAUUGUUCUGUGAUCAAGUACGGCCAUGUCUCGGAUCUUCAUAUAGCUAAUUCGCUCUUGAAUAUGUAUGCGAGUUUUGGGUUGUUGGAAGAUGCGCACAAGGUGUUUGAUGAAAUUCCCAAACCGGAUGUGGUUUCUUGGAACAUGAUUGUUGAUGAUCUUUGUCAAAACAGUCGCUUUAAUGAGGCCUGGUACGUUUUCUCCCGGAUGUGUAAAAAUGGGAUUCGGCCUAAUUCGGUCACAUUUCUCUCCCUUGUGUCUUCUUGCACAAAAAGCAAUGAUUUGGGUACCGGUAAAAUGGUACAUUCGCAAAUAAUGGUGAUGAUAGGAAAUAGUAUCAGCAAAAAUCUUGAGAACUCAUUGCUUGAUAUGUACUGCAAGUUUGGUGAUCUGGAUUCAGCUGAGAAAAUGUUCCAUAUAAUGGAAGUAAAGACCGUUUUUGCAUGGACUUCACUGCUUGAUGGUUACAUACUAAAGGGUGAACUCAAAAGAGCUGUGGAAGAUUUUAAUCGCAUGCCUUUAAAGGACACAACUGCUUGGAAUGUCAUGCUUUAUGGUUUCCUAGAGGCUGGUGAUGUUAAUUCAGCUGAAAAGAUUUUCAGAGAAAUGCUAGAAAGGGAUUUGGUGUCAUGGAACAGUAUGAUUCUUGGAUAUGCCCAUAACAACAAACAUAUUGAGUGUUUGCUGUUUCUCAAAGAAAUCCUGUUUUCGGGGGUAAAACUUGAUCGGAUCACCUUGCUUGGUGUGUUUUCUGUUUGUGGGUAUGCAAGGGAAGCACAGUUUCUUGGUGAAGCCGUACACUCUCAUAUGGAAAAACGUAACAUAAAGGGAGAAGAAGUAGAGACUGCUUUGAUGGACAUGUAUUCCAAAUCUGGUUCUUUUGAGAAAGCUACAAAAGUGUUUGAAACUAUAGCAAGAAAAUCUGUGUUGGCUUGGAGCGUCCUAAUCGCGGGACUAGCUAUGAAUGGUCUUGCAAAUGAAGCUCUAAAUUACUUCCAUCUGAUGUGUGAGGCCGGAGUAAAACCAAACGAAAUUACGUUUUUAGGCGCUUUGUGUGCCUGUAGUCAUGCAGGUCUUGUUGAAGAAGGCAAGGAGUUGUUCAGAGAUAUGGUACAGAUCCACGGCAAUACACCAAGGUCUGAGCAUUGUGGCUGCAUGGUGGAUCUUCUUGGGAGAGCUGGUUUGCUGAAGGAGGCAGAGAAGUUCAUUCAAGAAUCUGCGCCCGCCAUAGCUGAUGAAGCUGGAGCUUUGGGAGCACUUGUCGGGGCUUGUAGAAUGCAUGGUGAGAUUAGGAUGGCAGAAAAAUUUGCCAAAAGACUUGUGGAAAUCGACCCAUAUAAUUCGGCCAGGUAUGUUCUCCUCUCCAAUAUCUAUGCUGCAGAAAACCGGUGGGGUGACGUUGAGAAGGUGAGGAAGAGAAUGAAGGCUUCAGGGGUGCAGAAAACACCAGGAUUUAGCUUGAUCCAACUGAAAUAAGGUGGCUGAUUUUAAACACUGAAAACAAGUGCAACAAUCACAAGAACAUUGAUGAUGUGGACAAAACAAUGGAUGAGAUUAACGAGCAUACUGAGAAUAUGAAACGAAUUCAGGAGGCAUUGUCAGCGCCACUUGGAGCCGCAUCCGAUUUGAGGCAGAACUUGAGGAGCUAGAAGAAACUGAAUUGGAAGAACAACUUCUUCAACCUGCUACCACAGCACCUGCUGCCCCAAUCCGUGCAUCAACAGCAGCUGGCAGGCAACCAGAACGCCGUCCUCCCUGAAGAACACUGCCGAGGAAGAGAGCUUGCUGCUCUGCAGGCUGAGAUGGCUCUUUAGGGAAAAAGGUCGAAUUGGAUGGGUAAAUCAAAGGUGGAAUUCACAGGUUGAUGUAUCUCUACCCUCUUUGUUCAAGGGAUCAUCAUGAUAAUGUGCAUUUGAAAAGGAAAAAAAACUCUACUGGUGAAUGUGUACUGUUUUUCUGUAUAGAUUGCAUCAAGAAAGCCUGUAUUUCCCUAGUAAUAUUGCUACUCUAUUAUUGUUGAAACUUUAAAUUAAACUUGUGUUCACUUG